CUUCAAUGUUCAAUUGAAAAUCCCCAAAAAGUUCCGAAAGGCUAAAGUAAACAUUACCAAGCUGAUAACUACUUCACAUCUUGUUAUAUGUGUAUAGUCCUAAGAUGACAUAAGGUAACUUCAGUUUGGAUAUGAAGAUGUGAUAUUUGCGGGAGUUUGGUGACCUCAGACUUACCAUCAUGGGUGUCAAAACUCUGUGGCCGAUUUUAGAGGAUGCCAUUGACACUGAGGACAAGAGUAUUCGUGCACAGUCACUGCGGGGGAAACUAGUGGCAGUAGACCUCAGUAGCUGGGUUGUGGAAUUUCAGCAAGUCAGUUCUAUCAAGAACCUCUAUAUCAGGAAUCUGUAUUGCCGCACCACUGAGCUCCUGGGGUAUGGUAUCAAGCUGAUCUUUGUGGCAGAUGGAAUUGCCUCCAAAAUGAAGGCCGCUGAGAUAAAGAAACGUAAGGAGGCCCAGGGUGGGGAAGCUAGGUCAUCAAUGGAUUACAGCAGAGCAAAAUUCCUUUUCAUCCUGAAAAAGUGUGAAGAGCUACUGAAGAUUCUUGGCGUACCAUUCCUGUACAGUGACGGAGAAGGAGAAGCUUUGUGUGCCGCUCUCAAUGCUGAAGGGAAGGUGGAUGGUGUAAUGACAAGUGACGUAGAUGCAUUUCUGUAUGGCGCUACAACUGUUUACAGAAACUACCGAACAGAGUCAGGGGUACAUUAUGUUGAUGUAUACAAGAUGGACAAGAUUCAGAGCGAGCUGGGCUUAGACCGGAGAGCAAUGGUUGUCUGUGCACUGCUGGUGGGAUGUGACUGGCACCGGAAAGGGUUGGAAGGUGUUGGGAUCAAAAAAGCUCUCGAAUUGAUUGAUAGUAUAAAAAAGCUGGGACAAGACCCACUGGACAGGUUGUGUGGAUGGAAAAAUAACAAAGAGAUUAAGGAAUUAGACAAGGUGGUGAAAUCAAAGCACUGCAGUAAUUGUGACCAUGAAGGUGGGAAAUCCAGUCACAAGUCUGAAGGUUGUGGUUACUGUGGAACCUCUGUAUCCUGUUUGUCAUACAAACCAAACCCUACAGCUGAGUCUGAUACCACCACUCCUCCGACAAAACCAUGUCGGUGUUCCUGGCACCAACGCAAGAACCACGAGUUGGAGCUCCGGCUUUGGAACAAGGCAAUGACAGAUGAAACAUUCCCCAAUCAAGAGAUAAUCGAAGAAUUCUUAGGAACUCGCCAGGAUUCGAAGUCAUUUGACCCAACCUUUCGCCCAAUUGAUGUUUGCGGGGCGAAGAUUUUCAUGACAGAAUAUUUCCCAUCCAUGAAUUCAAAAGCAGGAAAGAUCUAUUCCAAUAUGGCCAAUGUGCUAGUACAACUACAGCUUCACAACAUGAAAGACUCCCUCAAACCAUCAACCACUUUGAAACCACUUAGAAUAAUGAAGACCCACAAGAAAAUGGCAGGAGAUCAGCUGGAAGUUCGCUGGUCUAAACUAGAUGAAGACAAAGAAUCAAGUGUUGAAUUCUAUACAGUUACAUCAGAAACAAACUGCUUCAAAGAAAAAUUUCCGGUUAUGACUGCUAAGUAUUUUGAAGAAGUACAAAGUAAAAAAGGUGUGAAGAGGAAGGCUGAGCCCCCUGUAGAUGGACGUUCUUCUAAAUCUCAACCUUCAAUGAAACAAUUUUUCAAAACGGUCAAAUGAAGUGUAGGAGGCUGAGACCAGUCCAAUGCAGACCACGUGCACAGGUUACAAGGCAUUAUGGUCAGGUACCAUGCUGACCAAUUGGCCCAUACUCUGGAAGAGCAGAGACACCACAUACCCAACAUUUCAUUCUUAUAACCCUUUCACCACUAUGGACCAUAAUGGACUCAUCCAGAUAAAUGUAUGGUAGAGUCUACUCAAGUUACCUAGGAGUGAAAGGGUUAAUUACCAAAAAGGGAACAGUAAAUAGGACACGUCAUUUAUGUGUAAAUCUUCAGAAGUACAGUUCCUCACUGUUAUUUGAACAAAUGCCUUGAAGCAUAAGUGUGUGAAUGACAUUUGUUUUUCUCAUUCUUAUGUGUGCUUCCCGGUACAUAAAAAUAUCCAGUAGUCUUGUUGACAUAUUUUUUUUUCUGAAAUCUGUCAUAUGAUAUAGUCAUAAAUGUGAUGUCACAACGAAGACAAUUGGCAGGCAAUCACGAUUUAAUAAUGUCUGGCCAAGCAUGGAAACUGGCAGGCAAAUUAAUAUUUUUCUCACAAAAUAUUGAUAUUGUCUUGCCUUUUAAAGGCAGCAAAUCCAAGGAACAUCAACUCACAAAAAGGAGUCUUCUGAUUUUGCAUGUUAAGUAUUUUAUGUCAUAGGACAAUGUACAUGUACAUUAGGACAUUGCAUGUUUAGUUAAGACUUAAGGAAUGUUAUAACAUACUGUAUACUAAUAAAGACACAAUGCAUUUAAAUAAAACCAACAGAUCUAGAGCUGGUCAGGAAUUGAACAUGGCUAUGUAGAACUAAAAGAUUUUCUGAAUUACUUAAGUUCAAGUGUACCUGUGUCACAAAUUUAAUUGGUCAGUAUGAGCUCCAGAUAUUCCCAAGUUAUGUGUGCUUGUUGAUGGUCCAACAUGCAUUAUGCUUUGUCAUGUAAUUUUUUUAAGUCUCAGAAAUCAUAAAAUUUACCAUUCAGAAACAGAGACAUAUAUUAAAAUGUAGCUGAUAAUUUUCUUAGAGUGCCUAACUCUAUUUUUAGAACAUAUUUUUUUUAAAAAAUGAUGAAUUUUUUAUAUGUUUGUUCGGUGCUUGUAUAAUUAUGAUAUUUUAUGAUUUAGUGCAAUAUAUUCUACAUUUCAUGCAUGUAGUGCUUGUUGAUAUUUCUCAUACAUCUUAAGAAGAAUUACUCUAUGUUAAGUCUAUGAAAGUUUAGAUUUUAAAACCAGGCGAUUCCCUGCAAAGCUAGGGAUUUUAGUCAAGGUUUGUUGACACACUCUAUUAUGUACAAGCAAUCCUUGAAAUUCCAGGGGUUAUGUUCAUUUACGUUCUCUGCACCCCUAGAAUGUGUCAUGGAAGAAAAAUCUGACCAAUUGCGAGGCUGACACCUGUCCCUUAAAGAUUACAGCUAGAGGAGCGACACUCUACUUCAAAGCCAGACAGUUUUACCAUUACACUGCUGUGAGAUUCUUUUGAUGGACAUCAAUAGAUCAAACUUAUUUUCUUGUAUCAUCCACAAUACGGCACAUGCAUAUCCUUCUAUUUCUUCACGAUUUAUUUCAGGGUUACAGAGAACAUAAUAGAGCAUAAUCGCUGGAAUGUUUAGGAUCGAUGUGUAUGACUGGAUUUGAAGAUGAGCAAAAUAUUAAGAACAUUAAUGGAGCUAUAGCAACUGCUUUAUAAUGUUUUGAAUUUCACCAAAUAUGGUAAUGCCCAUUGCCUAGCCUCAGUCAGAAGGUGACUGGGAUAUUUGUAUUUUAAUGAGGUCAAACGUACACUUUGUACUUCUUCACUUCUGUUUUAUUAUUGUUUUUAAGCCAAUAUACAUGUUUUUUCUACAGGUAUCUAUGAAUUUAAAUUUCACCAGAUUUGAUUUAUGGUUUUAUAGAAUGUCCAAGUUGGAAUGAAUGUCUGUUUUAUUCAAUUCAUUCAGUUACAUCUGUAAAUCGAAUGAGAUUAUAGGCAUGUGUAUCAACUCUCAUUGGCCAUUUUUUUUGGAUAUUAUAGUUUUGUUAUUUCUUUGAAAUUCGGCUAGCUAAUGGCUUAUUUGUAUAAUUUCACAAACAAUUAAAUUAUGCUUCAUAAGAGUCCGCUAAGUUACCUUAGGGAAAGCUUAAGGUUUUUCCCAACUUAAACCUAUUUCUUUAUGCAUUGCAUUGAAUCUAUUGCAUAUGUUCUCUGCCAUCGUACAAGAUAUUUGUAUGUGUAUAAGUUUAUUGGUCAAUGUGUAUAUUUCUAUAUACCUACAAUGUGCAUUUGGUAAUAUAUUGAAAUCCAGAUAUUACUACAUAUAUAGGAACAUAACAAUGGAGGACUUUAAUCCCCUUUUGACUUUUUCUGAUAACCUCGUUUUUUUAUACUUAGUUUUUGUUAUGUAAUUGCAUUAUUCCUUAACUAAAUGUACCAAUUAUGUGAUAAUCAAUGGAUAAUAUGCUAUGUAAUUGCACAAUUCAUUAUACUGAAUGUGCCAAUUAGGUGAUAAUCAAUGGAUAAUAAAAUAAUUACUGUAUU